AUGCGAUGGCUCGCAAUUCCUUAUGAAGCAGUUGAAAUUAGAACCGCUUUGAUCCAAAGAUACAGAGGGCAAGGAAUUCCUUCUCUGGUGCUCAUAGAUCUGCAAGGAAAUAUGAAAAAGAAUACCUGUAGGAUGGAUGUCACAAAUAAAGGACCUUUGUGUUUAUCUAGGCUAUUUAUCGAAUUUUUUUAUCGCUUAGUCCAUUAA